CGUGUUCUUCUUCUUCCCGCAGCCGUCAACUGGGCUCGCUCGCCCUGACAUCUUUCUUUUCUGCUUCUACCACGUUUUGCCAAAGUUGUGGGCCGACCAAAAUGUAUAAUACAGUGUCGAAAAAACGCCGGUUCGUUGCCAAUGGCAUGUUCCGUGCUGAACUGAACGAGUUCCUGACUCGUGAACUGGCCGAGGAUGGUUACUCGGGCGUGGAGGUCCGUGUGACUCCGACCCGGACGGAAAUCAUCAUCAUGGCCACCCGCACCCAGAAUGUGCUCGGCGAGAAGGGUCGCCGCAUUCGGGAGCUGACCGCCGUCGUCCAGAAGCGAUUCGGUUUCGCCCCCGGUACCGUGGAGCUGUACGCCGAGAAGGUUGCCACCCGUGGUCUGUGCGCCAUCGCCCAGGCCGAAUCGCUCCGGUACAAGCUGAUCGGAGGACUGGCCGUACGUCGUGCCUGCUACGGUGUGCUCCGCUUCAUCAUGGAAUCGGGCGCCAAGGGUUGCGAGGUCGUGGUUUCCGGCAAACUGCGAGGCCAGCGUGCCAAGUCGAUGAAGUUCGUCGAUGGGCUGAUGAUCCAUUCCGGAGACCCGUGCAACGAGUACGUCGAUACCGCCACCCGCCACGUGCUGCUCCGUCAGGGCGUGCUCGGUAUCAAGGUAAAGAUCAUGUUGCCGUGGGACCCGAACGGCAAGAUCGGACCCAAGAAGCCCCUGCCGGAUAACGUGUCGGUGGUGGAACCGAAGGACGAGAUCGUGUACAGCCAACCGCGCAGCGAUCCCAAGAACAAGCCGGCGAUGGACCUCAAUGCCGGUGAUGUGGUUAUCGAGCCUGUGGCUCAGUAAAUCCCUUUCUAAUUGUAAGUUUAAUUCCGUAACGCCGGAAGAGAACGGCAAGAAAAUAAAAACUAAAGGAGUGUGAGACAACAAAAAAAUUGAAAAAUUCUAAA